CCCGGCGGGCGGCAACCUCACCUUAGCUGCCCGCUGGACCUCAACCUAGUCCACUGAAAUUUUCUACACAUACCUUCACUUUCCUGCAUCUUCCAACUCUCCGCAAUGCCAAGGUGGACCGGACUGGUUUAUUUAGGGCUCCGGUCCAAGCUCCGGUUCGCCUGGACUUCGCCGUCGGGGUUCGGAGCUCGGCGCCUCUGGUUUCCCUUCACGGCGCUCUCGGCUUUCUCUGUUGGUCGGACUCUUUGGUCUAGGUUUAGAGGGAAAGGAAAGGAGUCGGCGGUCGCGGCUUCGGGUUCCGACUCGCCGGCGAUUGUGUCGGUGGAUGGUAGUGGCGGCGAUAUCGAGCCCAGCACUGCAACAUCACUGAUAGAGGAUGUUGUCACUGAGAAAGAUGUUGAACACUUAUUGAAUCUGCUUGAAAGCAAGGAUAGGGAAAUGGGGUGGCAAAAUCUGAUGGAACGCUCCACCUCAAACAUGGCAUACCAAGCUUGGCGCCAUGAGCCCGAGACGGGACCUGUAGUGUACCGUAGCACAACUGUCUUUGAGGAUGCAACUCCGAAGCUGGUUAGAGAUUUCUUCUGGUAUGCUGAGUUUCGCCCUAAAUGGGAUCCUAUGCUUGCGCACUUCAAAAUAUUGGAGGAAUGUCCUUCUACAAGGACGGUGAUUGUCCACUGAAUAAAAAA